CUGCGAUCACAUACAAGAGGUCAGUGUACGUCACGUAGUUAUUGCUCGAAGCCGACGGAGGAAUUCGGUACGGUGAAUUCGUUCGCGGUUGAUUCCGGUCAGCGGGACAGCAACGGACGUCCUGGGACUCUCGCGAGCGGACCGAGGACAUUGUCGGUGCGCGGUCGGCUCGGCGGUGCUCGCUUCCGCAGGAGACACGGACGGCCACGUAGUGUGAGACUGUGCGGAGAGUGGAGAGCGCGCAGGGUUGCCCGAAGAGUUUGUUGCGCGCUCACGAGAGAGAUCACGGAAGUGCGUUGGCGCGUUCGUUAGUGCGCGCGCGAGUGUUCCGAGUAGAGACAACCGACGAGGUCGGUGUUACAUGUAGAGGCGUCGUAGCCACCGCCGCUAACUGCAUGUAAUCGCGCGCUACAUCCCUCCUCCUCCCCUCCGCCCGCCCGUCCUUCCGUAGCCGGUGCUGACACGGGCCGUCUAAAUCCGCACCCCGGUUCUACCGACCGACGACACGGGCGCCGCCGUCGCUCGACGCUGGCUGACGACAACGACGACGAUUACGACGAAGACGAGGACGUUUACGACGACGACGACGUCGACAACGACGACGAAGACGACGACGACGACGAAGACGACGACGACGACGACGACGACACGCAGGCCGCGCGACACAGGUUAUGUCAACUGGAUUGUCAGGCGCUGUCUCAAACCAGGUCAGUGUGUUGUGUUGACUACGCUACUCCACCACCAUCACCACCACCACCACCACCACCACCGUCGCCGUCGCACGCGUCUGCACACGGCAGACACCACAUACUCUCAGUCUCUCUCUCCCCCCUCUCCGCGUACGCGCCCCCUCCCCCGUCACGUCACAGCGAGGGCUGCCCUUCUAAAUUUUGUAUGUUUUUUCAUGCGACGGCAUGCAGCGGAUGAAAGGACAAACCGGCAACCAAGUGAGCAAUGGCCCUAAGGAACACCAGCAGCAACAACAGACGGAACAUGCCGCUGGCGAAGACACCGGCUUCGACUCGUGGCGAGGUGGUAACAAUGCUCAGCAUCACUCGAGUUAUCCGAUCGGCGCCGGUGAUCCGUACAACCCGUACUACGCCGGCACUUCGUUCCCUUAUCAGGCUUUCGGCGACGGUACGUGGUCAAACGGUACGGACCCGGUGGCCUUUCUGUCCGGCUACGGCGGUCAAAUAGGCCACGAUGCAUACGGCAUGGACGGUAUGUUCUCGGCGAGCGCUGGCGGAGGUUUUAGCGCGUUUGGCCAGCCGCAGUUUAAUUACUUCCACGGUAAUGGCGACUUCAGCGCUUGGGGUACACCCAGGAGGACCAAGUAUGAGGACUAUUAUCCGCGCGGCAAUGAAAGCUAUACCACAGCGAGCAGCACGGACAUCAAGACCAUCGAACAGAGCAUGCAAAGCCUGUCGAUCGGCAGCACCGGUGAGCUGCCGAGGCAGGAUCAGCAGCAUUCCGCUGCAGCGGCCGUGGCGCAGCAACAGCUCAAGCCGGAGCCGAAGGAGCCAAGAAAGAUCACGUGGGCAAGUGUAGCAAGCCAGCCGGCGAAACCGGUACCUCCGUUGUCGUCUACGCAGGGCAUGAAGAAGAAGGCGGGUAUGCCACCGCCGCCGAUAGUUCCGGGCAAGCACAACAUGGAUAUCGGAACGUGGGGCGAAGGCAAGUCUUCCGCGCCGCCGCCACCGACGGCUCCGCCGCCGCCGCAGGUGCAACCGCCGAUCCCGCCGCCACCGCCGCCCGUCCAGAGACAACAGAGACCGCCACCACCUCCGUGCUGGAACCGGCAGCCGACAGCAGCCACUCCGCCCCCGCCACCACCGCAAACACAGAUCCACGUGCCACCACAAUCACAGCAUCAACCGCAACAGCAACAUCAUCAACAGCAGCAACAGCAACAACAGCAGCAACAACAACAGCAACAACAACAGCAACAGAUCACACAGAAUCAGUCGCAUCCGGUACUUGACGAACUGAAGGUGAAAAAUGACUACAACCCCGUAGAGUUCGAUCAGACCGCGCCUGGGGCCAGGUUCUUUGUGAUCAAGUCCUACUCGGAGGACGAUAUACACCGGUCGAUCAAAUACGAAAUCUGGUGCAGCACGGAGCACGGCAACAAGCGACUGGAUCAGGCUUACCGGGAGGCGAGUCGCGAAGGCGCGCCUCUCUAUCUGUUCUUCUCCGUCAAUGGGUCCGGCCACUUCUGCGGCAUGGCGCAGAUGGUGUCACCGGUCGAUUAUCAGUGCAACAGUAGUGUCUGGUCGCAGGACAAGUGGAAGGGUCAGUUUCGCGUACGUUGGAUUUACGUGAAAGACGUUCCUAACGUGCAACUGCGGCACAUUAAGCUAGAGAACAAUGAGAACAAACCGGUAACCAAUUCGCGGGACGCGCAGGAGGUGCCGCACGCCAAGGGCGUCACAGUGCUGCGUAUUCUACACACUUAUCGUCACUCCACCAGUAUCUUCGACGACUUCGGGCAUUAUGAGCGCAGGCAAGCCGAGGAAGACCAGCGUAAAGCGCCGAGCAAUGUCAUACAGCAUCAUCAUCCUUCCGCCAAUCACAGGAACAGAGGUCACGCCUCGGACCUGCCCAGAGAUCAUCAUCAGCAUGGUCAUCAACCUCCUCACCUACAUCAGCGCAAGGAACGCGACGGUACUCGUGGCCGCGGUGGCAGAGGAAGCUCGCGCCAGUAGCGCUGGGUAUCGCAGAAAUGUCAUGUGAACGAGAAUCGACAUAAAGGGAGCACGCUGCGACUAAUUACCACGUCCUACCACUUACUACCUUUGCUUUCCCGGAUCCGCGAUGGGCUUCUGAUUUUCCUGUGACCGAACUUUCGUCGUCGAGAGGCCGCGUUAUUCUUACGUUUAAAGAUGAUUAAUCCGUAUGAGAUAACUAGCGUCGCGUCGACAUCAUCGUAAAUAAUAUGUAACCGCAAUUAUUAUGAGAGAGGAGUGAAGGAGGAUGAUGCACUAUUUCGAGGGAUAUUUGGCUAAACUCGCGCUGAUGAUCAUAAAAGAAAAAGAAGCGUAUAGUGUGGUGUUGCGUGCUAUUCAUCGAAAGGUGUUUCUCAAACGUACAAAUUAUAAGACGGAACAGAUAGAACGGGGAGAGAGAGAAAGAGAGAAAGAGAGCGCGUGAAAAAGAUAGAAUGGGAAAGAAAGAGAAGGGAAGAAACGAAACGCGGUAACAGAGGAGUACGAAAAAGGAAAAAAAAAGGAAACUGUAAUAUGUGGACUAAUCCUAAUGUAAUAAAAUGCUUAAACUUUUGUUGAAAAAUGAAAAAAAAAAUCUAUGCGAGAACACUUUAUUAUAUAAGCAAGUGUCAUUUGGAUCGGUUAUAGUUUUCAACACCGAUGAACAUUUAAUCUGGUGCCUGCAGCUACGAGAGGAAUCGAAUCCCCCCUUAAUUGUUAAUAAGGUGCAGGGGCUUGUUACAACGUUUUCAGUUGUAUUUAUAACCAAUCAUGCUUCACGAUGAAUUAUACAGAAAAAAAAUUAUUGGCGUUUAUUUUAGCGCGUAUUCUAUAUCUCUAUUGCGAAAUAUAUCUAUUAUUAUAUUAUGAACUACAGAAAAAUAAUGAGUUGAGGAUAAUAUAACGAAGUGAAAUAAUAUUGCAAUUAAUCUACUGUAAUGUACACGAUGACGACGAUAAUUAUUAUUAUUAUUAUUGUACCAUUUGAUGACAUUUCAUGAGAUAUGAUUCUUAUUGUUAAAUGCA